CUAGAUGUUCAUUAGCUUACUUUUAGACAGUAACAUAUUUUCGGCAACGUGUGUGGGUUAAAAGGAUUUGUUUGUUUUGGAUCUCCAGUUGGGUUUGAUCUGGUUUGUCUCAAGGUUGACUUUUCCCUUUGACACGAAAGGUAGGAUUGUCGUCCCGCCUCCUUGUUUUCAUUGGCCACCCGGAACUUCCGCCUCACCGUUCGUGCCGCUCAAUGGUGGUUCCGAGUGUCAAUCAAAUGGUUAUAAAGGUUUUGUUCAGCCUCUUCUUCUGACAGGUGUGAUGAUGUCUCCAACAAGAAGACCACGACGACCCCGGCCUACAAGCUAGCUCAGUUCGCCAGUGCUUAGUUCCUACUUUUAGGACUAAAUGCGAAGAAAUGCUGCCUGGUUUUGCACAUAACCUUCGAUAGCCAGACCGGAAUUCAGGGCCGGACCGGACGGACUCCAGCUAGCAGCUCGCUAGCCAUCCACCGAGAAAGCUGUGGUCAUCCUGCACAAUGCAUCACUGUGAGGGCAGUGAGCAGCACCUAUCCCUCUCUCCGUCAUCUUGGGCCGGUCCCCCCAGCUCACCUUUUCCCUGAAGUCCUUCCCUCCUGACCUGCCAAGAUGGCCGACAGGAAGGAGCCACCUUUCUUUAAUGAUGACAGUAUUGGAGCUUUCCACUACAAGCUCCCAUGCUAUGAGACCAUGGAGCUCUUUAUCGAGACCCUGACAGGGACCUGUUUUGAGCUGCGUGUAUCACCCUUUGAAGCUGUUUUUUCAGUCAAGGCAAAGAUCCAGAGGCUGGAAGGUAUCCCUGUUGCCCAGCAACACCUUAUCUGGAACAGUCUGGAGCUCGAUGACGAAUAUUGUCUACAUGACUAUGGCAUUGCAGAGGGCUGCACUCUGAAGCUGGUCUUGGCUAUGAGGGGAGGCCCCAUCAACACCAGGAGAGUGACCAUGGAGGACUCUAUGAAAGAUGUUGCUGACCUGAUGGAGGGCACCAGGGAAGAAAGCUGGGAGAAAAACUUGGCCAACAAGCAGGUGACUUUCCUGGUGUACCGUGAGGGUGAUCAGCUUAACUUCUUCCGGGUGGUGGACAGAGGAGACGGCACCCUGACUCCCCUCUCUGAACCUUUGAGUGGUGGCUCAGUGUAUAAUAUGUACACUGAGGACGAGGAAGAUGGGGAGAGUUCUGCAGCUGCACAACAGAGCCUUGAGAACUCCAUCACCAUGAACAAAAUGAAGCUACUCAAAGCCAAGAUGGAGGACAUGAACCUCAACAAGAAGCCUAAAAAGUGCGCCAAGUUGAAACCACGGCCCCCUGUCAGCUCCCAUCCAUGCAGUGGCCCCCUGGGGCCCUCUAGCACACGACACCAUCAUCGCCUCUUUCGUGUGCUACCCCAGAUUAACCAGCCCCGGCACUCGAACACACAACUACCUCCAGUCAGAGACAAAGAAUCCGUCACCCCCUCCCCUCCCUCUGCUGCUGCCUCCUCUGCUCACCUGUCAAUCACCAGAAGGAUCCCUCCAUCUUUCUCCUCCUCUUCCUGUUACAUGCUUCAGGAGGAGGAGCCAUGGGAGCCAUGUCCACCUUUUACAAAGAUCCGUCCCCCUCCCAAAGUGUCGCGGCUGGACGUCGGCAGUACCAGGUUGAUGAGGGACUGUGUGUACCCGCAGCUCCCUCCACUGUCUACCAGGGGGCAACCUGAGAGCACCUUCGAUGCAGCUGAGCCUGCAGGGGACACAAUUGGGCUGGGAGUGUUGGAGGAGGCUGCUGGACUGGUGGAGCCAACACAGCCCGGAGCUCCAUUUGGGGAUCUACUGUCAGACCCUCUAAGUCUGGAUGUGUCCACCCAACUAGAGGGAGGCCUGCAGUCCCUGGAGGUGGGGGCGCAGCACCAGCUGCCCUCUUCCCCCUCCCUGCUCAGCACCUGGACACUAGGGACUACCGAUAGGCUCACCAGCAGAGCUGAUAGGAUGCAACUUAGCAGCUCGUUGCAUGUUAGCUCUCAGUCUCCAUUGCCCACCUCUCCAUCCACCGCUACCCGACAACUGCCUCAGCCAUUUGAUUUCACUGGUUCCUCCUUACAGCCCAACCCUCAAGCACAACCCUCAGCACAGGUGAAGCCAGACACUACAUCCCCUCACUCCUCCUCUACCUCCUCCAUCUCUCUGCCACGACUUCAUGGUAUCAAAGUGGAAUCGCCUGGCAAGAGGCCGGAGAUUAUCUCUAAGAGCGAGGCAAGAGGCAUCACUAAAUUGGCCAACCAAGCCUGUAAGGAGCCACUGGGGUCUCUGAGCAACUCUGAGCUCCUGGCCUCUCUCUCUACAAGGGCUGCAGGUAGCAGCAGCACGGAAGGACUGGCACAGAGUGUGGGACUCGCUUUGGCAUUGCCUACUGCCAGUGCCUCAGGACAGGGCAUCCUAAACACUAAGCCACCCGCCAUUCCAAACAACAUGCUCCUUCAGGAUGAUCUAAUGAGACAAAUGUCUCCCUUGCACAGAGCAACAGCUUCUUACAUGGCUACCAACACUCUUGCAUCAGCUGGGGUAGCCCCCACUUCUGUUAGGAGAAUAGGCACUCCGACAUACCACCUACCUCCAGUCAAGGCUCCCAUAGGCAGCAAGAAGAAGAGCUCCAAGCACUGCUUCCUUUGUGGAAAGAAGACUGGCCUGGCCACCAGCUACGAGUGCAGAUGUGGCAACAACUUCUGUGCUACCCACCGCUAUGCAGAGACCCAUGACUGCACAUACGACUACAAAAGUGCUGGACGCCGCUUCCUGCAAGAGACCAACCCCCUCAUCAGUGCUCCCAAGCUGCCUAAGAUCUAGACCCUACAAACCUUCACUCCACUUAUAAACUGAGGGACGAUCUGAAGAACUACAGGUUAAACUCAAUGAAUGAAUGAACCAGUGAACAUUUACAAAGAGUCUGCUAAGUCUUCUCUAGCAGAGAGAAAGAACUUAAUCACCGCUGUGUGCUUUUUAUCACCCAAGUUUGCUUAAAAUUUAACUAAUUACAAAAAAAAAUUCUGAAAUGCCAAGUGUGAACAAAUAAUUAAAUCAAAACGGCACAGACCUAAUUAUCACUUCUGGAUAAUGUGAAGAUAAACUUUAUCCUUAUUUCCAGUUCCAGUUAUUUCCAUAGUUCUUUUCCCAUUGUAAAAAAAAAAAAAAAAAACGAAAAACAAAACAAAAAAAGCUGUGCAUGUAUAUAGGUAGUUUUUGAAAAAUGUCUGUUGCACGUU